UCUAUCAUCGCGUUUUAAGGUUUUAUUUACAACUAAAAUAUUCUAAUGAAACCUACAAUUCAUAUUUGUCAAAGUGCUAGUAUAGUUGAGAGUUGACAGUUUGAGAUCAAACACCGAAAUUUAACCAGAAAAAUGCCGAGGGUAUGUUGGAUAUGGUGGGCAUUAGUUAGUGUUGUAGUUGUUGGUUCAGCGUCGUCCCGGGAUCCAGAGCUUAGCUCUCCUCGUGUUGUUUUCCAGACUAAUUAUGGAGACAUCGAAUUUGGGUUCUUCCCAAGUGUCGCUCCACAAACUGUUGAACACAUUUACAAGCUUGUUCGGUUGGGUUGCUAUAACACCAAUCAUUUUUUCAGGGUUGAUAAAGGGUUUGUUGCACAAGUGGCUGAUGUUGUGGGUGGAAGGUCUGCGCCUAUGAAUGAAGUGCAAAGGCUUGAAGCUGAAAAAACUGUGAUUGGUGAAUUUAGUGAUGUCAAACAUGUCAGGGGCAUUCUUUCUAUGGGAAGAUAUGCUGAUCCAAAUAGUGCUUCAUCUUCAUUCUCAAUACUUUUUGGAGAUGCCCCUCAUCUUGAUCAUCAGUAUGCAAUAUUUGGUAAAGUUACAAAAGGUGAUGAGACUUUGAGAAAGCUUGAGCAACUCCCUACUCGUAAGGAGGGGAUCUUCGUAAUGCCAACUGAACGCAUUACAAUCCUGUCGUCGUACUAUUAUGAUAGAGAGAUGGAGAACUGUGAAAAGGAGAAGUCAGUUUUGAAACGAAGGCUUACUGCAUCUGUUGUUGAAAUUGAAAGACAGAGAAUGAAGUGCUUCCCAUGAUUUAGCAACUGGAUUGAAGAAAGAAAACUCACAAUGGGCAUAACUCACUAAGCGUAAUGUUGUUUGUAUAGUCAUGUAUGACUUUUGAAGAGAUCUAUUAUUCAGCACUAGCCUAAACGUAGUCCAUAUUCCAUAACAUUGAUGAAAUUUGAAGCUCCUAGUCUCUGAGAUAUUUCAUUUUCUUUGUUUUAUAAAGUGAGAAUUUGGGGGAUAAAAUAGAAGUUCGUACGUAUUUAUGUU